UCGGGCGUCACGCUGACUCGCGGGCAUUAAGAAUAGCAGUGGACACUCUUCUUUCUGUUAUAUGCUCUUUGAUGAUGGUUCUUGAAAACCGUUACCGCGAAAUGGACGGAGUAUAUUAAAGGCCUAGGGUAUAGUAUUUUUAAAAGAGACACAAAGUGACCACCAGAGCUGCCUCAGCACACGAUUCUAAUCAAGACACUGAAUUUUGAGCGGAUUAUACAAUGUCCUCCAUUAAUAAACUGAGCAUCCAAGGUAUACGAAGCUUUGGUCAGGACGAUGGGGACAUGCAGGUCGUCGAGUUCUUCAGUCCGCUGACCCUUAUCGUUGGCCAAAAUGGCGCUGGAAAAACGACUAUCAUCGAAUGUUUGAAGUAUAUAACAACUGGUGAUAUGCCACCAGGUAUUAAAGGAAGCUCUUUCGUGCACGAUCCAAAGGUGGCUGACGAGUCAGAGGUCAAAGCACAGGUCAAAAUCCGAUUUACUGAUAUAGCCAACAAGUCCAUGGUAGUUACAAGAAAUCUCACUGCUACACAGAAGGCAAGUAGAGUGGAGUUUAAGACUCUUGAAGGAACGAUAUUCAGAAUCAACCAGCAUGGGGAGCGAACAAGUACAAGCUCAAAGUGUGUGGAGAUUAACAGGGAGAUGGAGACAUCACUUGGAGUAUCAAAGCCAGUCCUGAACAAUGUUAUCUUCUGUCAUCAGGAAGACUCGAACUGGCCUUUAAGUGAAGGCAAAACUCUGAAGACCAAGUUUGAUGAGAUCUUCGCUGCUACUAGAUACAUCAAAGCUUUAGAAAGUAUCCGCAGUGUCAGGAAGACCCAGGCAGACCAAGUGAAAAUUUAUAACACUGAAUUGAGAUAUCUGAAGGAGAAUAAGGACAGAUCUAUUGCGCUUGAAAAGGACCUAGAGAGCAUGAGCACAAGGCUUGACGUAUCCAAGGACAAAGUUGUUGAGAUCGCUGACAAAUUGAGUCCACUCGAGGAAAGGCGGAAAACAAUCAUCACCAAACAAGGGGAUAUUGCUGACCUAGAAAGUAAAAUUGCAAAAUUUGAAAGUGAUAAGGAACAUCUUGUAAACAACCAAAGAGAAUUAGAGAGAAGUUUAGAAGAGAUUUUCCAAGGUACUACGGAUGAGUUAAGAGCGAUGAUUCGAGAACACAAGUCAAAAGUUGAUGAGAAGGCGGCAAGCCUUAAACAGAAUGAAAGGAAGAUCAGUCGCCAAACAGCAGAGUUGCAGAAUCUUAAGGCUACCAAAUUACGUCUGGUGGUUGCCCAGGGCAAGUUGGAACAGGAGGCAGAGAACCACAAGGCAAAGGUUGAAAAUAGAAACCGACGAAUCCAGAGUGUUUCAUCAAACCUUAAUAUGACUGGUUUCAGCCAAUCAAACUUUGAAGCAAGUGAUGUGAACCGAUUUCAAACAGAACUGUCCUCUGUCAUCAGUAACCGUGAGACCGAAAGACAACAACAAAAGGAGCUUUUUGAAGAUGAGGAAGCAGCACGUCAGAUGGAGAUCGAUGACAUGAAGGCGACACGUACAACGCUCAAGAAUACUGACAAUAUGAAAACACAAAUGAUGAAAGCAAACCAGGUGGAUCUUCAGAAUAUCAAGUCGCAAUUGCGAAACAUGAAUGCUAAUAUGCAUCAGCUAUCUGAUUUGGAGGCGGAUUUAAAACAAGCGGAGCAAGCACUGAAAUCUGCAGAAGAGAGUUUGAACUUAGAGCAGCUACGAGUUGAAAUCCGCGACCUGGAGAAAGAGAAACAGGAAAAGGAUCGCAAAAUGAGUAACCUGAAUCAAGAAAUCUCAACUCUGACCCAGCAGUCAAACAUUAGAACACAACAUGAGAUGUUGCUGAAGAAUAAAAAUGAAAAGGAAUCUGAAAUUAAAAAGAUCCGUAAUCGCAUUGACGAGGAAGUACAGCAGCUGCUUGGUCAUUUCCCAUCAUCUAAUGCUAAAGCUCAGCUUCAGGAAUUCUCCAUGAAGAAGAAUACCGAGUUGAAACAGUGCCAAAGAAAAUUACAGACAGCGAAGUCAGAGAUAUCGAGCAAAGAAACGAGGAGAGCGAUGAUUAUGGACCAAAUGAAGAAGAAAGAGGAUGAAUUGCGCAAUUAUGAAGAGAGACUGUUCCAGGAGUGUGGCAGCCAGGAUGUUGAGAGCAGUCUUGUUGAACUGCAGACGACUAUCAGUAACCUGCAGAGCGAGAAGGGCGCACUAUCUGGUAGCAAGCACUUAUUUGAACGUUACAUAAAAUCGUUGAGGCGUGCUGAGGCUCAGUGCCCAUUAUGUCAUCGUGGAUUUGAUGCUGAAGACGAGGUUGAAGAAUUGGUCCAAGAGCUUGAAAGUAAACUGCGAUUGGCCCCUCAGAAGAUGGUUGAAAAGGAGAACUUAAUUGCGCAGAACAUGUCAAAACGCAACAAACUCGUACAGAUGAAACCUCUAAAAGAAAAUAUGAAGAAACUGUCAUCCGAGAUUCCAGACUUGAAGGCAAACGUUGCCUCAAUCAGUGAGGAGAUCAGUAAACUACGCAGCACAAUUCAACAGGAAGAUAACCGAAUGAAUGCUCUGCAAUUGGAAGAAUCAAUGGCCAAUGAAGUGCGGCCAUAUAUCAUACGAUUGGAGGAAUGUCAGAAAGAGUUAUCUGUGCUUGAGAGAAAACUUGCAGUACUGACCACUCAACUGGCUGGAGCAGAUACAAGUAGAACUUUCCAAUUGGUGAAUUCUGAACGAAGAGACUUGGAAAUUCAAUUAGAUGGUGUGAAUAAAAUGGUGGAAUCAAAGCGCAGACAAGUUAUGGAGCAUAGCGAAAACUUGCAAGUUCUGAAAGUUAACAUCAACAGCAUCACCAGUGAAAAACUCCGCCUUGAGGGUGAGCUGCAACAGAGGGUACAGCUUGAGAAUCAACAAGUAGAACUGACAUCAACCAAUCAGCAGUAUGCACGAGAAAUAAAGGAUGCCAGGGAACAGUUGAUGCCAAUUGAGAGAAAAUUAUCCGAAUUAAUAGAGGGCAAGAAUGAGCUAACUGCACGCAAGGAAAGAGAACUUGAAAAUCUUCGAAUAGAGAUUGAAAAAAUUAAUCAAAAACAAAAGGAUAUUAGGGUGUUAAACAACGAUGUAAGACGGUACUAUGAAGAUCGCAAGGAUGAAAAAAUAAAAGAAGGAAUGGACGAAAUCAGUGGCAUUGAAGACAAAAUAUCUCAUCGUGGAGAAGAAGUGGUGGAGUUGCAGAAAAUAAUUGAUAAGUUAAAGGAGGAUGUUGCUAAGCAACAGGUGAAUGAACGUACUAUGCAAGACAAUCUUCUGCUGCGGCAGAAGCAAGCUGAGCUUGAGGCCGUUGAGAGGAAGUUAGCAAUAUUGCACAAAGAACUUGGCGGCCACCACCACACUGAGUUGGAACGUGAACGUUUGAAGCUGAAUAAUGAAAUCGAUGAUCUUAUCAAAGAGAAACAUCAAGCUGAGGGAAGACUUGCUAUUUUUAAGGAACGAAUCAAGAGUGUCCGUACUGAUCUCCAGAAUGAUUCGCUAAAAAACGCAAAGGAGAAACACACAGAUAUGCUGAUUAAACUAAAAACAACAGAGCUGGCAAGCAGUGACCUUGACAAAUAUUAUGUGGCAUUGAACAGGGCCAUCAUGAAUUACCAUAGUAUGAAGAUGAAUGAAAUUAAUGCAAUCAUACGAGAACUGUGGAGGGAUACCUACAAAGGAAAUGAUAUUGAUCAUAUAGAGAUUCGAGCUGAUGAAGACGAUAGUACAGCUGCAAGUUUACGCCGUCAAUACAAAUACAGAGUGGUCCUUGUUAAAGGAGACAUCAGUAUGGACAUGAGAGGGCGCUGUAGUGCAGGUCAAAAGGUGCUAGCUUCCCUGGUGAUACGAUUGGCACUUGCAGAGACAUUCUGCCUGAAUUGUGGCAUCCUAGCCCUGGAUGAACCAACCACAAACCUGGACCGAGCUAAUAUUGAGAGCCUAGCCAGUGCACUCGUGAACAUUAUUAAGAACAGAGAGGGACAGAAGAAUUUUCAACUUAUUGUUAUAACUCACGACGAGGAAUUCGUAGAGCUACUAGGACGGUCAGAUUACGUUGAUCACUACUAUCGUGUACAAAAGAAUAGAGAUUUCAAGUCACGAGUUUCUAAGCAUUCGGUAGAAACCCUUAACGCUACUCUGUUUGAUUGAUACCUUGCACUAUAAUGCUAAUGCUGCCCUGGAUUUGAAUGCUGAUGCUACCCUGCCUUAAGGCUGACCUAGAUGAGAUUGCUAGUAUUGUACUACACCAGAUUGAAUUGCUAAUGCUGCCCUGGAUUUAAAUGCUAAUGGCAGAUUAGAAUCCGCCUAUUGCACUCUCUAUGAUCUCUAUGCGAUACUCACUUUGUUAUUGUUUUGAACACUCGAGUUAAUACGCUGUAAAGAUGGCAGCUCGGCGACUGUUUUUGUUGAGUGUGUCUGUUGUAAACGACACCAUCGUUGCUGUUUAUGUAUUUUUUAGCUUGAAAUUUCUUUUACCAAAUCACUAACAAAUGUUUAAAUAUUACGUCCGAAAUGUUAGGAUAUUAGACAUUGAAAGGCAUGAAAGAUAUCGAUGGUAAAGCUUGGGCAUAAUAUUAAGAGAAAUUUUCAUGAUGCAUUCGUGGGUACCGUUCAAUAGUAGGCUGCCUGCAGUAGCUGCUGCUGUCCACACAGACCUGGGCCUAGAAAUUGUUCCUAAGGCUGGUUGCAGUCAUACUCAAAGCUAAGAGAAAGUUCUAGCACCAAAUUCCUGAAUGUUAACACGAGAAAAUACGUUUCAAACAAAAGCCCAUAAAAUUUAAUAACCCACCCCAAAUGAAGUGAUUUGACAGUGUGUAGCAAUGGUGGUGUAUGGCUAGCCUGCCUGACGGAUUGCCCUUAGACAUUCAUUUGUCUUGGUGAAAUAAACGAUUUAAUUUAACCAUUUAUGCUAGUCAUAACCAUAAUAUAUUGCAGUCUACAUUGGGAAGUAUUUCCAUGGUUCAUUAUUGUAGGAUUGUGGAUUGUGCAGACCCCGGGCCUUCAAUGAUAGAAAUACUUCAAAAAUGUCAAGAUUUGAUUACACCUCUUAAGCAUUUAGUUAAUUAAUUGAGGUUGAAGGUGGGUGACAAGAUGCAUCAUUUUUACAGAAUCAUUGUGAUUUGAAAUGUACUUGUUUGCACCACGUUAUGUAAUUAAUACUAGAUAUUGCCUAA